GAGUAUGCGCAGUAAUAUCUAGUCUGUUCUUUGUAGCUGCACUGUUGUACAAUUUUAAGUAUAUUAAACUACAAUCUCUCUUUCGCCUUACUAAAUUGAUGUGAGUUUAAUAUAUACUAAGAUACAAGAUUCUGAAAAUAUUAGCAAAGGCCCCUGCGCAAGAUUAAUGCUGUUAGAAUGUCUUAUCAGGAGCCUAGAGUCAUAAGAUGAGAGAGAAAGAGUCGUAAGAAAGAGAUUGGUUUACAUCAGUAGUAACGUAAGCUCCGGUUUAAUCGAGGUUAAAAUUUCAUUUUCCAAACACCGAUCAAUGGCGUUGAGGAAUUUGUCUUAUCAGGCGUCUAAAGCCAUUAUUGAUAAGACUGGCCAAAGAAAGAGAGAGGAGUAGAAAUUCCAGGUCAUAGAAGAAAAAUUAUAUGUUGUUUAAUUUCAAAGAAAAAAACAAAAAAAACAUGACUUAAUUGUUAAUUAAUUUAUUUAGAAAAAUCGGUCCUUAACAAACUGUGCCGAAAGGACUUUGUUUUUGUCUGAGAUGGAAAGGACUUUAUUGCCAGAAUGUAAUUUUGUAUAAAUAAUAAGCCAAUAUAUAUUUGACUUGCUUAAAACAUAACAAAAUACACAAAGUAUAAACUUUUUUGUGAUUCCUACUUAACACAUAAUGCAGUGCAAAAUCGACGAUUUACCCGACGAAUUGUUGGAGUAUAUUUUAAGCUUAGUACCACCUUACAAAACCCUUGAAUCUUGCAAGUUUGUAUGCAAAAGGUGGCGACGUACCACAGAAGUUGUAAUAGCACGCAAUGAAGCUCAUUUUCAAAGAUCUGUAGCUGUUGGAUCCUUAUUAUGGUAUUCAUUGCCAUCUAUACAUGGACCACCUACAAUUGGCAAGAGACAUUCACAUUCAGCAUGUAUAUACGACAACUCUAUGUACGUGUUUGGUGGCUGCACAUCUACUUGGACAACAUUCAAUGAUUUGUGGCAAUUAGAUCUAGAUACAAGAACUUGGAUGAGACCAAUCACUAUGGGUAGCUAUCCAUCGCCUAAAGCAUGUGCAACUAUGCUUUAUUAUCAGAAGAACUUUAUUUUGUUUGGUGGUUGGUCCUAUCCAGUGCCAUAUCCUUUACAUCAGCAAAGGAGAUUAUUUAAUGAAUUACAUAUAUACUCUAUAGAAUCAAAUAAGUGGACUGCUAUAGAUACAUUGCUAACUCCACCACCAAUGUCUGCACAUUCUGCAUCAAUACAUGGAAAUACAAUGGUUGUUUUUGGUGGUGUUUGUGAUGGAGAGAGUUCCAACGACGUGUGGUGUUUUAAUCUGGAUUCGUAUCGUUGGUAUAAACGAAAUAUUAAUAUCACGUUAGGAAAUGUAUUUCCAGAACCACGUUAUGGACAAUCUCAGAUUGAACUCGGAGAAAAACAUCUUCUCAUUCUCGGAGGUUGCACAGGACCAAACACUCCUAUGAAUGAUGCCUGGUUGUUGAAAAUGGAAGGAGCAAUCUGGAUGUGGAAGAAAGUUACUAUGCGUCAUACAGAAUGGGCACCAACGCGUAUCUGGUGUGAUCAAGCUUGUAAGGUGGGGAAUUAUGUUAUUGUACUCAGUAAAAAUAAACGUCAGACCAAACCGAAUGAUAUGAGUAUCUCGUUAAAAAAAACUGCUUGUCAAAGGAGCACUUCACCACGUAGUGAGUCAAGUCCUUUACAUGGAAGGUCGGGAAAUUUAUCCACUCCAGAUAGGGAUGAAAACGUAAAUGGACGGCAUGGAGCAUUUUCUAGGUCACAUUUGCAAAAUGCAUGCACUUCAUCACAUGCACCCAAUAUCUCAAAAGUGAUAUCAGUGUAUAAUGAUAAUUCUUUGAGUAUGGCCGCAUUUCGUGAUCAACGUUCACAUAGUAAUUUAAACACGAUUAGAGAACGUCGAUUGGAAUCGGUAAGAAGAAUGGAGGAAAAAAUUAAGAGACCACAAACAAAAAUAUCGAAAAAAAUUGAUAGCAUUGAAAAAAACGCACAAGCGAUAGCAUCGAAAAAAACCGAGAAUACAUUAUCUAUAUUCGUAUUAGAUAUUACGAAAGUUCUAGAUGAUUGUAGUGCUUCGUGGAUCCCCUUUAAGCAAGAUAAUUAUUCGGGUCCCGAUGAAAGGAUCCUAUACUCUCUUGUAGCAGGAAAAGGAGAGUUAAUAGUCUUUGGUGGUAUUUGUAGGCAACAAAUGACAAUACAUAGAAAUAGUCUAAACGACGAGGUGUAUAAUGAUCUCCAUUUUAUAAGUCCACCUCGGUAUGAUAUUUAAUAUGCAUUAAUUAUCAAAAUAUUAACAUUUUGUUUAUAGUAAAUUAUUAUCUUUUGUAUCUCUUUUCACAUCGAAGUGUUAUGAAAAGUGAAUAACUGUCUUAUCAUAUAAGUUUUGUAUCAACGUUAAAACCGCGUUAAUUCAAAUUGAUAUAAAAACGUACGUUAAUUAUAAUAAAAUAUUAUAAUAAACUUACAUUAUGAAA